AUGUUUGUAAGCACGACGCACGCAGACGAGAAAAAAACAUUUACUAACAAGUUACAGCGCCUGCGCUGUGACCUGGAAUCUCUUAUGCUGAAAGUAGACGCCCCCUACCCCGACAUCACGGAGACAGAAAAACGGAGAUACUGUGGUAUAGUUAUAGAACUGCUAGAGUUUGCCGUGAAGAGAGCAGAAAAUCUUCCAGUAGACGUGUCAUUUUCACAUUUACCUACAUGGAAUAAUCUUCAAAAAGAAAACAAAAUUUUAAAGAAGCAAGUUCACACUUUGAACGCUGAGCAAAUGAGAUUGUCGGUGCUUUUAGAAUCGGCCAACAGAAACAUUAGAGAGCUACAGGAAACCGACUCGCAGACGACAGAAGACACAACGCAGACGACAGAGGAUUCACAUGAAGAUUUAAGAAGUGGAUUACUACUGUCCAGAGAAUUAGACAACGCUUACAAAUCCCUUUUUCCAAUCGAAGAAGUAUCCUCAAGAAUGGAAAAAGAUUCAACUCCUAGAGAGAUAAGAAGAAAACAGUCCUUAGAAAUAGCUGAGAGUGAAGUUCUCAUACUCCCCUUGAAAAGAGGUACAAAGGAGAAGCCGCUUUUAUCAGAAAACAAGGUAUCUCCAAGAACCCAGACCCGAGACAAAACGAAAGAUUUAAAAGCUCUUUUAAAAAUUCAGGAAACAAAUAGCACCUCAAAAAUGGAGAAGUCAAUGGAUUCUCAAGAAGGAAAUAAAAUGUUAAGAGCAAGCUUCAGCGAUUUUAGCUCAUUGAAGACCACGAAUAAUAACGCUCACAAGAAAAAACAUAAAGAGUACGAAAAGCAUCUCCAAAACACAAUUGCUAAUCUUCAGGAGCAGAACUCGCACCUGGUCAAACAGAAUGAUUAUCUACAAGCAGAGGUGAAUAGACUGAUGAAAGAAAAGAUGGCGGAGACACCUAGAAAGGAGGCAGAAGAGAAGGAACUGUUGGAGUUGAGGAGCCAGGUUCAGGGGCUGUGGAAACUAGUCCAAACACUGGAAACAGAACGCAAAUACUUACUCAACAGGUUAGGACGGCUCGUCAACAGUCAUGUUGGAGAGGACGACAAUGGAGACACACAGACGUUCAUGGCCGACCUCAGUGACCUGAUCAGACCUACAGCUCUAACCCUCCAACUGUCCGAACUGUACAACAAUGAAUGGAUUCUCGCCUACGAAUCUAUGAUCUCCAAAGUAUUUAAUGAGAGGAAGGUGGUGGCAGAUCUCCUAAGCUGCAUGACGAAUAUUUACUUGAAGUGUAAAGAUAUGGCUGAGAAACAAAGACGUCAGCUCCACCGUGACAGUAAACUGGUAGGCGGAUUACUAAAUCCAGACAACCUUCUGGAAGUUCCAAUCCAGAUCAUAGAAUUACAGCGUGAGCGGGUUCUGGAGGAUCUACCAGAAAUGAAGAAGACAUGCCGAAAUAUUUUGACCAAUCUUAAGUCGUACCCAAAACAAGUCGUCCGAUUCUUCGAUAGGUGUACAGAGCUCUGUUGGUUCAUGAACGUCCAUCAUCCACCUUUAGUUUUGGAGUGGCGGAUCCCACAAGGCAGUCUAGUUGAUACGAGUCGUUUUACAUUCUAUACUCGGAGCGGACAUUACGUCGACUAUGUCGUUUGGCCUGCGUUACUUCUCUCAGAAGAGGGCGCUAUUUUAUCUAGAGGAGUGGUCCAAGGGAGAGACUAGCAACCAAAAUAGCUUGAAAAUUUGGAGGAUUUGAUAGAUUUUCAAA